UGUAAAAGAUAACCUUUCGCGUUCGCUUGAAUUCGGGAAAAUCCCUGUGGUUCUGAUGAAGAAUAGAUCAGGGACCGGGGUCUAAAUUGAAGCUUUACAGGAUAAAAGUGUUUAUUAUUUGGAGGUAUCUGUAAAGAGUUUUCCAGAAUGAGGCCUCCGUAAUUUUUAAUUAAAUGGAAGAAAAUUCAUCAGAGUCUUACGUAACGGGAGAUAACACACAGAAUCAGACAGACACAGACAGAAUGACGGAGAGAGCCCGGGGGGAAAAGUUAGCCAUGGAUCAGAUGAUGUGGGAUGAUGAAGAAGAAGAAGAUGAUGAGAAUGAAGAUGACGGAGAUGAAGACAUCGAUGAUAAUGAUGAGGAAGAUGAGGAAGACUCGGCCAGCAGUGAACAGAGCGAUGAGGAGGAAGACGAGAUAGAAGAAGAAGAGGACAAAAGUCCAUGUUCAGCGGAGGCAGAUGAAAGGUUAGAGGUCAGAAGGUCAGAGGUCAAGGAGGAAAUAGAGGAAACAAAGGAAGAGGAGACAAGGACUGACCUCCCCGACCAGAAACAGACAGAUGUAAAGACGGCAGAACCGGCGACCAAAAAACCGACAGACGUGACGACGGCAGAACCGGCGACCAAAAAACGCAAACGAAAGCGAGCCACCGGGGAAAAGGGCAAGAGGAAAAAAUCCAAGAAAAUGAAACCCUCCACAUUACGGAGGAAUAUUAGGGACAUCCUUAAAGAGAAUGACCUUGACAAAGAGACCUUGGAUGCCCAGCAGGAAGAAGCGAUGCGUCGUCAGAGGAUUCUAGAGGUACAGAAAGCCCUAGAGGAGCAACGAAAGAAAGAGAUGGAAGAAAACGACUCCCAACUCAAGUCUCUGCUACAGAUGGAUGAUGAAGAUAAGAGCAGUGAUGUUAUAUAUCUGGACAGCAGUGACGAGGGGCGAUCAAGAAGGAAAUCCAAAGACAGUGAUGUGAUAGAACUGAGCAGCGAUGAGGAGGAUAUUCUGAUGACGAAAGACGAAGACAACGAGGUGGACCCCGAGGAUCCAAACAAUGCCGGCAGUCACAUCAACGACGCCCUCAACGUCCACGACGACUUCGGCCGAGUGUUGGUCAACAUCGGGCAUCCAUCCGACGAACCAGACAUAUUUCUGGCUCCCCAGAUAGCUAGAUACAUCAAAAAACACCAGAUUGGUGGUGUUCGGUUCCUGUAUGACAAUCUUAUCGAGUCCCUGAGCCGGUUUCGUAACAGCCCUGGUUUCGGUUGUAUUCUGGCUCACAGUAUGGGUUUGGGUAAGACGAUUCAGAUGAUCUCCUUUGUGGACGUGUUCCUGAGAUGUGCCAAGGCCCGCACGGUUCUCCUGAUUGUCCCGAUUAACACACUACAGAACUGGAUGGCCGAGUUCAACAUGUGGUGUCCCUCCCAAGAUAUGGUGGGAGAUCUAGGAACUGAUCAUGUGAUCCCCAGACCGUUCAACGUGUACCUCCUCAACGAUAACUUCAAAUCCACAGGGGCCAGGGCCAAGGUCAUAG